CUUCCUUCAGGUGGGCUCAGUCUCCUCCACAUGCCGGAAGCAGCUCGUCUCCCACAAUAUGGCGGCGCCCAUGUGAAACAUGGGAUGAGCAGGUACGGAGUACAUACAGGGAACAGACGGGAGCAGCAUGAAGCGGAGAGGCCCGGUCCGGGAUGGGCCGGUGCAGAUGAAGAAGCUGCAGCUGUCGGUGCAGGAGUUUGUAGAGAAGGCGGAGGGCAGCGGUGGCUCGGCAGCUGUCACCCCAGUGUCCGGGGCGGGGGAUGGGGGUAGAGUGAAGAGCCGCAGGGAGCUGAGGAAGGAGAAGCGCCUGUCCAAGAAGAGCAGGAAGAAAGCGUACUAUAGGCGGGUGUACUCAGGACCACAGCCGGAACUGGAUGGGCCCACUCACACAGCUGUAAAUACAGGGAAAAGAGCAGCAGUAGGUGGGCAGGGGCACGGGGAUGGUCACUUGGCAGGGAAGAGAGCAGCAGCAGUGGGUGGGCAGGGGCCCAGGGAUAGUCACCUGGCAGGUAAGAGGGCUGCAGUUACUGGGCAGGUUACCAGGGAUACUCCCCCUGCAGGCAAGAGAGCAGCAGCAGUAGGUGGGCAAGGGCCCAGAGAUGUUUCCCCGGUGAAGUUGCCUGGGCAGAGUUCAGCUGCAGAUGGACAGGGGACCAACAAAAAGAAGAAAAUUAGUAAAGGGGAGGCUAGGAGGAAAGCUCUCCUGGAGGCCAAUGAGAAGGAGGAGAAAGAGAUUAAAAGGCUGGAAAAGAGUCUCAGGAUGAAUAAGCGGAAAAAUAAGAGCUCUCUGCCCCAGGCAUUCACACAAGAUGGUCUGGAUUACAUCCUGGGGGUGCUGGAGCCAGGGGGCUCUGUGUCAGGUCUGUAUGACCAGGAGGAUGAGGAGGCAAACACUGCUGAGAAGCUGCAGAAACUGUCAGAGAAAGCAUUUGAGGAGGAUGGUGGGUUGGACAGUGACCUAGACGAGGAGAUAGUGGUUGAGGAUAGUGGGGAGGACAGUGACUUAGAAGAGCAGAAAGGGGUUGAGAAUGAUGGGAAGGACAGUGACUUAGAAGAUGAUCUGGGGGGUGAGGAUGAUGGGGAAGACAGUGACCGAGAAGAAGAGCUUGGAGGUGAAAGUGAGGAUGGUGAUGAUUACCUAUCUGAGAAAGAUAAGCCCAUGGAGCACGAAUCCGAGUACUCUGGGCAGGAAUCAGAGUAUGGUUCUGAUGGAUCCGACAGUGAGAAUGUGGCUGAUUCAUCUGUCAUCAACAAGCAUGCUGCAGAUCUGGGCACUAAGUACAUCCCGCCCCAGCUGAGACAGUCAUCUGAUGCUGUGGAUGUGAAGAAGAAGGAAGAACUAGAGAGGUUGAAGAAAAGCGUGAAAGGAUUGAUGAACAGACUGACUGAACCGAACAUGGCAUCUAUCAGUGGGCAACUUGAGGAACUGUACAUGGCCAACAGCAGAAAUGACAUGAAUGAAACGGUAGCCAGCAUCGUCCUGAGCGCCUGCAUUACACCCGCCAAAAUGCCUGACCGGCUGAUGAUGGAACACGUGCUCCUGAUCAGUGUAUUGCACAACACUGUGGGGAUUGAGGUGGGGGCGCACAUCCUGGAAUUAGUGGUGAAGCAGUUCCAUGACCUCCAUGGAAACGGCAGUGAAACUAAAGAGUGUGAUAACUUAAUCAUCUUCAUCGGACACCUGUACAAUUUCCACAUCAUUGACUCCGGCCUGGUGUUUGAUAUUCUGCGGAUGUUGGUGCUCGCGUUCACAGAGAGAGACAUAGAGCUGAUCCUUCUGCUGCUGAAGAACGUCGGCUUCUCCCUGCGGAAAGAUGAUGCUGUAGCCCUGAAGGAGCUGAUCUGUGAGGCUCAAACCAAAGCUAAUGCAGCGGAUAAGACCUUUCAGGAUCAGACUCGAGUUCGGUUUAUGUUGGAGACUAUGCUUGCUUUAAAGAACAAUGAUAUGCGCAAGAUACCCGGCUAUGACCCUGAACCAGUGGAGAAACUGCGGAAACUACAGCGCUCUCUGGUCCAUAGCAGCGUGUCUGGCAGUGACACUCGUCUCCGUGUAUCCCUAGAGAAUAUCAUGGAAGCAGACAAGGUUGGAAGGUGGUGGAUUGUUGGAUCCUCCUGGAGCGGCGCACCAAUGAUUGGCCAGUCAUCUGUCACGAAGCCUUCGCAGACAAUUGGAAAGCUCAGUGCAAAGAUCAUGGACCUGGCUCGCAAACAGAGGAUGAACACAGACAUCAGGAGGAAUAUCUUCUGUGUUCUCAUGACCAGUGAAGACUAUUUGGAUGCGUUUGAGAAAUUGCUGAAAUUGGGGCUAAAGCACCAUCAAGAACGGGAGAUUGUUCAUGUUCUUAUUGAUUGCUGUCUGCAGGAGAAGUGCUAUAACCCUUUCUAUGCCUUCCUGUCCUGCAAGUUCUGCGAAUACGACAGGCGUUUCCAGAUGACUUUCCAAUUCAGUAUGUGGGAUAAAUUCAAGGACUUGGGAAGUCUGUCAACAACAACGUUCUCAAACCUCAUCCACCUAUUGAGUCACCUGAUUAAAAACAAGAGCCUUCCACUCUCCAUAUUUAAGGUCAUAGAGUUCAGUGAGCUGGAUAAGAUCAAAGUUUCCUUCUUGCGUCAGGUCCUUUCUAAGCUGUUGAUGGAAGCUGAAGUAGAUGAUCUUGCUCUUAUAUUUGGAAAGGUCUCUGACAAUGCCAAGCUGGGAAUGCUACGCGAGGGAUUAAAACUCUUCAUUUCACAUUUCCUACUAAAGAACAUUCGGGCCCAGAAAAGUGCAGAAGAAGCUGAUUUGCUCACUCAUAAAGCAGACUUAGCAGUCAAAGCUCUAGAGGCAAAGGAUAACAGACUACGGUUAUAGAGGAUGCAUUAUAAUACUGGCCUAGUAACACCUGGCCUAGUACAUAGAGCUGAGGUUGCAGGGUACAGAGGGCUUUUUAUUCUAAAAUAUAGAUUCUAAAAUUUGUACUGUCCAUGAUUGACUGUUUGCAGAGUUUUGGAAUGUACUCUAUCCCAAUCUCUCAUCUGGCUAAAACCAAUAGAGAAGAAUUGAAUCAAAGCCGCAUAUCAAAGCCAAUUUGAUAGAGAAUGUUGGAAAGACGACUGGCUGACUCGCCCACACGGAUACUGUGGUGAACUGAGCAAUUCAUCAUUUAAAAGAAACCUUUAUGCUCUUCUAUACAAUCCUUUUAAGUGAGUAGAGUACGCAUCCCCCAAUAGACCCCACUGCGGGGUCUCUUUCUACUCGUAAAACUUGUUGGGAUAGCCUUGUAGCUGUGGAUUCAGAACAUCACUCCAUCAUUUCUUGGAACACGUGGUGUCAUCUACACCAUUAUAAGACUGUAUUACACGCUGUGUAUUCUAUUUUUUAUAUUUCCGCAUACGUAUGAAGAGAAGCAGUUGAAAGAAAUUCAGAAGAAAUCGCUGUAAUUAGAAUUAUUGAGAUAAUUUAUCACACAUCCUUUAUUUCUGUAUCCAUAUUUAUAUUUACUUACACCUUUCAUUCAGUCCUUCAUUUCUCUUGUUUUAUUCUACACAUCCUGAUUGGGCAGGUUAAGGUUUUGGAUUGUGCAACAAUCAUUCGCACCAGAGUUCCUCCCUCUCUCCUAUUUUUAUUCUCUCAUAUGGCUUAUUUGUAUUCUAGCUGUUUCAUUUGUAAAACACUGUUCUCUAUAUAGUAGCUUUCUGGAAUAUUUUUUUGCUAUAUUAUGGGGUUACAUAAUAAGCAAAAAAGUUAGGAUCCGCUGGUUACAGUGCUUUUCUAUUUGCCCAGAGCUAUUAAACAUGACAAUUGGGGUUUAUUAACUACAGUAGCUGUAACUAUCAUAUGUCGCUGCUUAUUGCAGUUGUACUACAGAUAUUUACCAUGCCGAGUCUCCUCCAGGAGCAAUGGUGAAAAUACCGCUCCUCAGGGAGGGUCAGCCGGCAAUUGCACCUGACGGCAAAGGCUUGAAGCAGUAAGCACGUUUCACAACAUACGUCCAUGUAUAUGCAUCGUGUAUUUAGUGAUAUUCAAAGAGGUGUCUUUGGCUUCCUUUGCCUGUCUAGCUAACGCCAUCCCUCCACUUGUUAAAUUGCGUUGGGUAUAAUAUGCCGUCUGCCAGGAUCCCAGCGGUCAGCAUACAACAUCAGGAUCCCGGCAGCAGAAUGCCGGGGGGUGGAGGAGAGUGCAUCAAAGCCCUUUGCGGGCUCGUUGCGCUCUCGAUGCAGCUGGUUUGGUGGCUUGCCGCGCUCUCCACAGAUUCUGUUCCCACUCUAUGGGUGUUGUAGACACCCACAAGUGGGAAUAGACCCUAUGGGUCGGCAUUCUGGCUGCCGGCAUUUUUUGCAUUGGGGAUCCUGGUGUCGGCAUGCUGACUGCCGGGUUCCCGAGCAUUGGUAACAUAACCGCAUCCUGUUAUAUUGACUCAGUCAGAGGUUAAUGGGGACAACUGUAAGCAACAGAUGCAGUAGACAUCAAUUAUUUCUCCUUGGUUUACCUCUUGGUAAAUUGUGAGAAGAUGAGAGAAGCCCUUUGUCUGGGGCUUCAUAAAUAGUCCCCUAAAUCUGUGCUAUCAAAGUGAAGCAGUCCUUCAUUUAUGUAAAUGCUGAUCUGUUACUGCGCUAGAAGUACUUUUAUAUUGCAGAACUUCAAUUAAGUAAAAUAGUUUUUACCAGUUUUCACUGUACAGCAAUGUUUUACACCUUUCUCCAGAAACAUGUAUAUAUUACCAUAAUAUGGUAAACAAAUGUAGUUUUGUUAGUGGCCACUAGAUGGUAUUCUAAGCAAUAAAGCUAUUGUUUUGUAGUAGUUUUACCACAA